CAGAUGAUACUCACGCAUGCGCAGUCCUUUAUUCGACCUAAAACAAUCCUUGGUGGGCAUCUUGCUCUUAUCUGGUGUUCAGCAACAUAUCAUCGAUUAAUUCACGGUAAUUGAACACACCAUCACCAUGGCAGCUGGUGGAUAUCUGCAGGCAGCGGUGCUGCUCCUGGCGGUCCAGCUUCUCUGUCUCAGUGCUGCUGAUGCAGAUCAGGAGACUGGGACUGUCAUCCCGGCCGAAAGCCGUCCGUGUGUGGACUGUCACGCAUUUGAGUUCAUGCAGAGGGCACUGCAAGACUUAAAAAAGACCGCCUUCAAUCUUGAUGCCAGGACAGAGACGCUGGUGCUCCGUGCAGAGAGGCGGGCUCUGUGUGACUGUAUGCCCACUAACGCACUGCGCUGAAAUCCACCUUAAGAUACUUCCACCUGCUGUCACACUGAAAACAACCCUGCUCUAAACCUCGACUCAUCCAACUUAUUCACACAACGGGCACUUUAUUUUCUUUUUUUUCCAUGUCAGCGUUGAGUGAAGCUUUGAUUUGAAUUCAUGCAUCAUGAGGCAUGUUGUUGUUUUGCCUUAUUUGGGACGUCUUUUAUACAACUGAUGUUUAAACUUGUGUGUUCAAAACUGUUUCCACUGUCACAGGGUUUAAAUCAUUACUCAUAUGUCUCAUAUUUUGGGGAUUUUUUUAGUAUUUGACUGCAUAAUGUAGAUACAGUAAAAUGCAUCUGUAAAGUUACUUGUUGAAUGUCUUGUUUGAAAUUAAUGUUUAUGAUGGUUUUACACAUCAAACUGUAGCAUCAUGUGGAAUUUAUUUAACAGCUCAAAUACUGCAGUAACAUCUUAGAUUAGCUCAAUUAUCUAUUCAAAGGAAAUGGGUCAGGUGAUUUAUUUUUUAAGUUAUUUUAAUUUAGAGAAAUGGCCAACAGUGAGGAAUUUGGCAUGGUCAAUAAACAUUAUCUACAAUAUUAGGCCACAAAGGUGUUCUUUUAGGUCUUGAUUUAGCACAGCACUGUAGCAUGAAUUAACAGCACUUUUUGUUAAACUACUGUUGAUAUAGAUUGUAUGUAUAGAUUAUGUAUAUGUACACAAGUACAUGUAACAAAAAUGUGUACAGACAUUGUUCUCUGUCUUACAAAAUGUGUAUGCAAGUGAUAAAUUAUGAGAUGAGCUGCAAUAUCAGCAGGAGAAGGAGAGAGGCCUGAUGGAGGAAGAUUAGCUGCAGCAGGGGGGCAUAGAGAUAGAAAUAUAUGUCUUAAUGUUGCUUGUUCAUGAACAGUGUACUUUGUUAACAUUAUGUCACAGGGCGCCCCAUUUAUUGUCUUAAUGUUUUAACUAUCAGUAAAAACAAUGAAUGAUCUCUGCUGCUCAUUGUGUUUUCUCUGGAAGG